GAGUAGAGAUUGAAAUCAAAUUUAUUUACAGAUGCUGUUUCUCGUCUGUUCUGUUAUUCUCACUGCUGCCGUAUUGGUGAACUGCGGAAAAUUUAAGGCUAAAAAAGUCGAAGAGGAGAUUGGUGGGUCGAUGAUGUUCGCACCGAGAAGACCACCGCCAGGCGUGGAGGCUCGCCCCACAAUUCCAACAUCAAUGGUUUACAUGGAGAACGACGACGCCAACUCUACCUGGCGUCAACGAGAGGAAAUCUUCGAAUAAUUUGUUUGUUGUUUUUGCGUAAUGAAUUAUUUUAGUGUUGAA